AUGAACUUUGCAGUAAGAGUUAGGCCAUUCAGUCCCGCAGAGCAGGCACAACGGCCUCAAACACCGACCAACAAGUUCAACCUCUCAGCGGAUGCCUCACUCUCUAACGGGUUUGGUAACGUCAGCAGUCGAAGCGACCACACCAACUCGAGCGCCAGCACAACAAAGUCCUCGGCAGGACUUCGCAAAGUAGUCGACGUUUUGGAUGAUAAUGUCCUUGUCUUUGACCCUCCAGAUGCAGAGAGUAUCUCAAAAUACAAACGGGCACUGCUACCAGUACAGGCGUAUCGUCGAUUCAAAGAUAUGCGCUACGCAUUCGAUCGUGUUUUUGAUGAGGAUUCCCAGCAGCAAGAGGUUUUUGAAAAUACGACAAAACAUUUGAUCGACGGUGUCCUUGGUGGCUACAAUGGCACACUAUUCGCUUAUGGAGCGACCGGAUGCGGAAAGACUCAUACAAUCAGUGGUACACCAGAGAAGCCCGGCAUCAUCUUCCUCACUAUGCAGGAGCUCUACGUGCGAAUCAAGGAGUUGGAGGAUGAAAAGACGAUUGAGAUCUCCCUUUCAUAUCUGGAGGUCUACAAUGAGGCCAUCCGUGAUCUACUGGCCAAGCCCACCCCAGAUACUGUAAAACCACAGGCGCUGCAUCUCAGGGAAGACUCAUCAAAGAGAGUCACUAUUGCUGGACUCUCAGAGCAUCAUCCCAAAGGAAUGGAUGAGCUCAUGGAGUUGGUGUUCAAGGGCAACGAAAACAGGACGAUAUCGCCAACAGAGGCCAAUGCCACAUCCUCUCGAUCACAUGCUGUUCUUCAGAUCAACAUCUGCCAGCGACUCAGGACAGCAGACAUCUCGGAGGAUUUCACUAUGGCAACACUUUCUCUUAUCGACUUGGCAGGAAGUGAGAGGGCCUCAGCUACCAAAAAUCGCGGUAGUCGUUUGAUGGAAGGAGCAAACAUUAACAAGUCACUGCUUGCGCUCGGCAACUGCAUCAACGCGCUUUGUGAAAACCGGCCAAAGUCGCAUAUACCCUAUCGAGACAGCAAGCUGACACGGCUUUUAAAAUUUUCCCUUGGCGGCAACUGCAAAACGGUCAUGAUCGCCUGCGUGAGCCCAUCAAGCAGGCACUAUGAAGAGACCCACAAUACGCUCAAAUACGCGAACCGGGCCAAGAAUAUCAAAACUAAGGUCACUAAGAACACCAUGAACGUGGACCGGCAUGUCUCUGAGUAUGUCCAGGCGAUCUAUGAACUGCGACAGGAGGUAGCAGAGCUUAAAAGUCGACUAAAAAAUCAAGCCAAAGGCGAGGGAUUCGAGAAGGCGCAGCAGAAACAGGAGAUACUCGGCCGUGCAUUCGAUGAUACAAUCAGGAAAAUGCGGGCAACAUUCCAGACGGCACGGUCACAGGAAUUGACCUAUGCACAGUUCCAAUCACAGUUGUUCAUCGCCUCGGCGCGACUCUCAGGACUUUACCGAUGGAGAGCUGGCUUUGAA